AGCGCGCGUGCUGCUGGACCUGGACUCCCUCCAGACUGAGUGAACCAUGAAUGAACACAACAUGAAGAUGGAUCUCCUCUCCGUGAACUCCUCCUCGUGGAAAGCCGAGUCCGUGGUGGUCUCUCUGGGGUUCUCUCUGAUCUUCCUGCUCGGCACCGUGGGGAACUCUCUGGUCCCGGCGGUCCUGUUCCGUAACGGACAGAUGAACCACAAGACCACCAACCUGUUCAUCCUGAACCUGGGGGUCGCGGAUCUGUGCUUCAUCGUGUUCUGCGUGCCCUUCCAGGCCACCAUCUACACGCUGGAUGAGUGGGUGUUCGGAGCCGUGCUGUGUAGAGUCGUGCACUUCAUCAUCUUCCUCACCAUGUACGCGAGCAUCUUCACUCUGACUGCUGUCUCCAUGGACAGGUGUGUACUGGCCAUCUGCUACCCACUCCGCUCCAGACAGAUGCGAACGCCAAAGAACGCCCUCACCUCCAUCUGCCUGGUCUGGCUCCUGGCUCUGGUCUUCUCUGGUCCGUAUCUCAGCUACUACUCCCAGAUGGACCUGGGCGGCUCUGUGGUCUGUAUUCCCGCCUGGGAGUCCAGACCCCGCCUCAUAAUGGACACGUGCACCUUCGUCUUCGGGUAUCUCAUCCCCGUCCUGGUGCUCGGCCUCACCUACGCUCGCACCAUCAGGUACCUGUGGACCAGCGUGGACCCGGUGAAGGACGUCUCCGAGUCCAGGCGGGCCAAACGGAAAGUCACGAAGAUGAUCAUCAUCGUGGCCGUCCUGUUCUGCCUCUGCUGGCUCCCUCAUCACCUCGUCAUCCUCUGGAUGUGGUUCGGACACUUCCCGCUCAACCACGCCACCUACGUCCUGCGGAUCCUGUCCCACCUGGUGGCUUACACCAACUCCUGCCUCAACCCCAUCGUGUACGCGCUCGUCUCCAAGCACUUCAGGAAGGGCUUCAGGAAGGUGUUCAGCUGCUCUCUGACGAGGAGGGAGGUGAACAAGGUGCACGUGGUGCAGGCGGUGAACACCGGUCAGUAGCGAGGAGACGUUGAACUGAGGACGAUGGCGAGGAAGAGGAGCAGAAGCCAGACGAACAACACCGAGGAGCUGUUAAUACACGAUCUAAGAUCCCAUCGGCUGUUAUAUCACAGUGCAGCCAGCGGUUAGUGAUAAACCACUUCCUGUCAGGUU